AUGAAGGUGUUUAUGUCUCUUCUGUUGGUUGCCAUCACUUGCAUGGAGUUCGCACAAACCUUGCAAUGUUACACUUGCUAUGAACCUAUGGCUGUUGAUAAGUGCAUGACGAUCCGGACCUGCCUGAAGAAUGAAACCAUUUGCAAGACUACUAUGUAUUCCCUGGAGGAUGUUUAUCCCUUCAUGGGAGUCUCAACCGUCACCAAGAUGUGCUCUUCCGUCUGCAGCCCAUCCGAUGUGGACGGGAUUGGCAUGACACGCCCUGUCUCCUGCUGUUACACUAACUUGUGCAACAUCGAUGGCGCAGCUAGUUUGAGGAUCAACUUUGUGCUGGUUGGGAUGCUAGCGAGUUCGGUUUGUGCUCUCUUCUGGACUAGACUGUGA